GUGAAGAUUAUGGAGGAGGUCGGGUGUCUGGGAUGUGGGCUGUGUUUGGAAAGGAAGACUGCAUCAGACAGUGGGCAAACACCACUGGAAGCCUGAAAACACACACUACACACACACACCCACGCACUCACACACACACACUUCUCCCAAGGGCUUCAGUGAGGACUGAAGGUAACCUGUCUCUGCUGUGUGGCUACUGAUCAAACAGAAUUGCAAGUCUCAUCUUCUGGGUCCAUGGCUCUCCUGUUCUGUGGUGUGUUGGUACUGCUGUGUGGUUUUGAUGGUACCUCGGCUUUAGUAAUCAGUGAUAUGGACUAUGGAGGCGUUCCUCUGUGGAUUAACCGCCUGCUGGGUGAGCCCAGCGUUUUGAGUCUGCGGGGCCGUAUCGACCCGGCCUGGUUUCGGGCUAACAACCCCCAGGUCUGUCCUGAGCAGUGUGACUGUCCCAUCCACUGGCCAACGUCGCUCUACUGUGACCACAGGGGCCUUGAAAACAUCACUGAGAGGCUGCCACAAAGAACCCAGUACUUGUUUUUACAGGGCAACAACAUCUCAUCCCUGCCGUACUCCGUCUUGGCUAAUCUUACCGGUCUACGCUGGCUUAUCAUCGACAACAACCAGAUCCAGAGCGACAAACUGGAGCUGGCUUCUCUCCAGAACCACACACAGCUGCGCUACUUUUUUGCGAACCACAACCACCUGACGUCGGUGCCUGCUGGUCUACCAGCUGGACUCAAACAGCUGCGACUUGCCAACAACCGGAUCAGCAGCUUCAGCCCAGGAGCUUUCCAGGACCUGCAAAACCUGACGCUGCUGUUACUCCAGGGGAACAGACUGCGGACCAUCGCAGAGGGCGACCUCAAAGGUCUGGUCCAGCUGAAUCUGCUGGACAUCAGUGGGAAUUUGUUUGCAGCUGUCCCCAGGCAUCUACCUCCCGCCGUCCAGCAGCUCUAUUUGUCCAACAACUCCUUCUCUGGGGUGGAUAAGGACAGUUUUGAGGGCUUUCUCGACCUGAAGUAUCUGCGUCUCAGCGACUGUGGCCUGCAGAGCAGUGGCGUCCACCCUCAGGCCUUUAACCACUCCAGCCUGGUGGAGCUGGACCUCUCCUACAACAAACUAACCACCACCCCUACAGUUCCAACAACCCUGCAGUACCUCUACCUGGAGGGCAAUAAAAUUCAAGAGUUCAACGUGACCAGUUUCUGCAGAGAGGUGGGGCCUCUGUCCUACUCCAGGAUGAAAAUCCUACGGCUGGAUGGAAACAGAAUGACAUACAACCAGCUGCCCCCUGACUGGGUUUACUGUCUCAGAGUGCUUCAGAGAAUCUACAUCUGACUCUGAGAAGUAGUUAAGCACGAGUACAGCAUGUACUCCUCCAACCUCGACUGGUGCUCCAAAGAGAAACACAAACCUCGGCUUUUUGUUGUCCCUUUCAUGAUUUGUCUUUAAUCUUUACAUUAAAGCUUGAAAUCAAAGAGAA